UUGGCCAACUUAUCGAUGUCAUUUGGUAUGUAUUUGGGCGAUAUUGUAAGGAGAGUACUACUGAAGAUGGCUGAAGAAGCUGAAUUUUUUGGAGAUACUGUUCCUCCCAAGUUGAGAAUUCCUUUCAUACUUAGGACACCUGACAUGUCUGCUAUGCAUCACGAUACAUCUUCGGAUCUAAAUGUGGUUGGAAAGAAAUUGAGGGAUAUAUUGGAGAUCGAUAACACGUCUCUAAAAAUGAGGAAGAUUGUUGUGGAACUCUGUGAUAUUGUUUCUGUUCGAGGGGCCCGUCUUGCUGCUGCUGCUAUUUUCGGUAUCCUAAGGAAACUGGGAAGAGACACGGUAAAGGCCGGGGAGAAACAAAAAUCAGUGAUAGCAUUGGAUGGAGGAUUGUUUGAACACUACACAAAAUUCCGAACAUGCAUGGAGAAUACACUAAAGGAGUUGAUGGGAAAAGAAGCAGCCGAGACAAUCGGCAUUGAGCAUUCCAAUGACGGCUCUGGAAUCGGAGCAGCCCUCCUUGCAGCUUCUCAGUCGCAGUAUGUAGGUUCGGAAGAGUCCUAAAGAAUUUGAUUAACACAGUUGCCAAAAGUAAACAAGGAGUAAUACUAGUUUCAAUUUUCUUCAUACUAAAUAGAUCGAUAGAUUGAUGCGGCAAAGCCUUAGUUACCUGUCCUUCAGUGGUUUCAACUGGAGUGCGGUCGAAGUUCGCUUAGUGUUGUUGCUGUGACCUUGCUGCUUCUUGGUUAAUUGCCAGGGCAUUGUUUUGGUUACACAAUGUCUCUCCCACUUUUAAGAAUAAUAGGGAGAUGUUAACUUUUGACUAGUGAUGUUUUACAAAAUGUAACAUGUUGACAAUGAGAAUAAAUCAGGAUCAGCUUAUUGGCAAAGGUGAAAGAUUUUAAUUCAUUUCUUUUUUAGUUAUCAAUGAAGAGUUCCUUUUGAUAUUA